AAUCUACUAUUUGAGCGGACAAAUGUCAUAUUUCAAAAUCUCAAUCCCAACUUUUAAAACCCUUUCGUUUCUUUUGAUCUCCAAGAACCCUAGAAAAACCCUAAUUUCAUUCUCAAUUUCACCCAAAUCAAUGGCUUCUUCCUGGGCCUGUUCUAAAUGCACCUUCAUCAACACAGAUUCUCUAAAACCCACAUGCCAGAUUUGCUUAUCAUCAAAACCCAACUCACCUUUUUCAUCCUCAUCCUCAUCUUCGUCAAAUCAAGAAAAAUGGUCUUGUAAAGCUUGCACCUUUUUGAACCCUUAUAAAGUUUCAAACUGUGAAAUUUGUGGGACUAAGAACUCAUUGUUGUCUUCAAGUUUGAGUCUUGAUGAUGAAGAACUGCAGGUGGGUGUUGGGAAUGUUUUCUUGCCUUUGUUACAAAAAUGUACUGCUUCUAAGAGGAAAAGUGGUGAUGACCCAGUUGAUGAUUUUGGUGUGUCUCGUGGGAUAAAAUCUGCUAACAGAAAGGUGGUUGAUUCUGCUACAGUUGCUGAUGAGUGUACUGUUUUGGGAGUGUCCUGCAACCCUAAAUCUUUCGGUAAAUCAUUGGCUGCCUCUGAUGAAGUUCAGCCAAAAGAGGAUUUGCAGACAUUGAAGAUUUUGAGUUACAAUGUUUGGUUUGCCGAAGAUAUCGAGCUUCGUAUAAGAAUGAGAGCAAUUGGUGACAUUAUUCAAUUGCAUAAUCCAGAUGUUAUAUGUUUGCAGGAGGUCACUCCUGAUAUCUAUGCCAUUCUUCAAAGAUCCAAUUGGUGGAAGUCGUAUAAAUGCUCGCUUUCCUUUGAUACGGCAAACACCAGGCCAUACUUUUGCAUGCAGCUUAGCAAAUUGCCUGUGAAAUCCUACAGUUGUAAGCAAUUUAGCUAUUCCGCAAUGGGCCGAGAGUUAUGCAUUGCAGAAGUUUCGGCCCAAGGAGGUACUCCCUUGGUAGUCGCUACAACCCAUCUUGAGAGCCCUUGUCCCGGCCCGCCAAAAUGGGACCAAAUGUACAGUAAAGAGCGUGUAAAACAAGCACAAGAAGCCGUCGCCUUUCUCAAAGUAAACCCGAAUGUUAUAUUUUGUGGUGAUAUGAAUUGGGAUGACAAGUUAGACGGCGAGUUUCCACUGCCGGAUGGAUGGAUUGAUGCGUGGACUGAACUGAACCCGAAAGAAAUUGGCUGGACUUAUGACACGAAGUCAAACCCGAUGUUGUCUGCUAAUAGGAAACUGCAAAAACGUCUUGAUCGGUUCUUGGUCGGUUUGCGUGAUUUUAAAGUUGAGUGUGUUGAAAUGGUGGGGACUGAAGCGAUACCGGAAGUGACGUAUAUGAAGCAGAAAAAAGGCGGGAAAGAGGUGGAGCUUCCUGUUUUGCCGAGUGAUCAUUUUGGUUUGCUGUUAACUAUGGCUGCAUUGUAGCUCUAAUGGUUUUCUUGUAAGUCACGUUUACGUCUUUGUACCGUUGUUGAUUGACAGCUAAGCAUGUGCGCGCGCGCGCUUUUGUGGAUCAAUCGUUUCCACAUAUUUUGUCAAGUUUUUUUGUGAAUAUGAACGCGUGCCAAACAUGUUAUCGUUGGUGUCAAUUCGCAAGUGCUUUUUUGGCCCA